UUGUACUUAGUCCACCAAAUACUUAUUGUCCGUUCUCUUUAAGUUGUAAUAGAAGUUGUGAGCCUAGUGCUUGUUUGAGUAUAUUUGUGUCUCACAGUGCUUCCGUUUUCGUUAUUCAGGCUGGUGAUAGGUCCUGGAUUGGGUCUUUCUUGUUUUCGGUCAAAGUUAGAGUAAUCGACAAUGGACGAGUCCCCAACGUUAUGUAAACUGUGAAAAGCAGAAGGAGAACCGGCGAACCUAACUUUUUUCGAAAUAAUAACAUUUGAAAAGUCGUUUAUGGCUCCUCCAAAGAGAAAAUGCUGCGUGCCUCUAUGUUCGAACGUAGAGGGGGUAUCAACUAAACAAUUUUUUAAAGUGGGAGCUAAUAUGGAAGAACGACAAAAAUGGCUGCAAAGUAUUGGAAGCAAAAGUUCUUCCAAAGGCGCUAUCCUUUGUUGCGAAGAUCAUUUUCGAUUAACAGAUGAUGCAGAGAAUUAUAUACGAUACAAGUAUGUGCCUGGAACAAAACUGCAGCUACGGAGCGGGGUUUUGCCAAGUAGAAAUAUACCAAUCAAAGUGUGUAGAAUUUGUCUGAAAACGUUGGAUCGAGAUCAGGGAUUUGAAUAUCUAUCUGAGAAAAGGUGUCAAGAUAAUGCCGACAUUAUGAGGGCUUGCUUACCAGAAAUUGAUCUGAGUGUAACAGUAGACCCGGUCGCUUGUUUAAACUGUUUUACACCACUAAAAUCAUUUUACAAAGUGAAAGAAAAGGCCUUAAAAACUGAAGUAACCGUCAUCAAAUGUGUUAAAUUUAUAAUGAACAAGUUUCCACAUAAGCUUACCAAUGCUGUCAAUUUAUUUGAUAAUUAUGACAAGCUUCAGGAGUUAUUGAAUGAAGAGGACCCAAAUGAAAAUGCAGAUGAGAGUGUUAAAACGGAUGAAGUGCAAUUCCUAGUUCCUCAAAAUGAUAGCAAAGAAGGAAGCCCAAAGCAAAACCAUACCGAUUUUACUGUCACGGACAAUGAACAAUCGAUGUUUAGAAUAGUUUAUGUUGGAAAUGCAAAUAAUGUUUCUGAAAUAAAUCCAACAGAUCUUUUGUAAGUAUGUAAUUACAAUUAAUGAGUGUGUGAAAAAAUUUCACAUUUUUCUGGAUUCAAAUUUAUUUUCGUAGUCAAAUAUACAAUUAUUUACAUUAUCAGCGAAAAUAUUAACAAUUGAAGAUUCAUGUUUAGAAAAUAAAUUCCAGUUUCACGUAAAAAAUUUACAGUUAAAACGAAAAACUAAGUACAUUUGACAGUUUGGGUCACAGAACACACAAAAAUAAAUAAAAUAGCCUAGAUCAUAACCGAAAUUACGAAAAUCUUUUUCGUGCAGCAUUUUCUAAAAAAAUAUAUAUGUAUUUAAAUCCUAAAAUUGAUGAAAAUAAGUUCUUGGUAAGGGACUAAAUAGUAGUUUUGGGGAUUUAUUGAGACUUAAUCUAUAAUACUAAAAGCUAUUUCUACAGUUGAUAUUGGAUUCGUUAAUAUGUACCGAGGUUUAAAUGUCAGCUAUUUACACAACACUACAGACUAAAUUUGCGAAAAUGAACACAUAAAGCACAUCUAAUAAAUACAAAUUGACUGGACAACAAAACUGAAUAGUGUAUAUGGUUGUUAAGAUAUGUUUACAUUCCUAGGGGUAUAUUAAAUACUAAUACCGUAUCGUCUAAAUAAACAGUCUUUUUCUACUUCAAAAACGUUUCUUUUUGAAUAUCUAUUUGUCAAUACCUCCAACAUGUCUAUAAUUUGUGAAAAAACGGGCUUACGGUUGGGUCGGUUGAGUUUCGUUUUAUUAAUCGCUAUAUUGCGGACGUCAGUUAUCGAAGUUUGGGAUCCAAACAAUAAAAUUUCAGUGAACUAAUUAUCGAAACUUGAAAACCCAAUUGGCCGAGCUACGUCAUCCCGAAUAUAGCGUAUUAUUGUCUAGUUGUCGAACUUGCCACGGACCACAUAUGAAAAAAUUAAUUUUGGUGGUUUCUCCUUUAAGAAACUGUCGCGGAAGUUACGAAAAUUAACCGUGGAAGACAUAGAUAUACAAAAACAUACGUCCCACUCAUUUCGCCAG